AAAACGGCGCGAUACAAGGGCUUUAAAUAUUCCUGUCAUGGCUUUUAAUUCGAGCAAAAAGGUGAAUAAUACAAAAAAUAAAAACACCUCAAUUUCAUUAGAAGCCCGUAUUCUUAACGGUGUUCCCUCCAAAAGGGGAUCGUGGCCUUGGCAAGCGAGUAUUCGGUACAAGGGUAUUCACUCUUGUGGUGGUUCUCUAGUUGCUGAUAAAUAUGUCAUUACUGCAUCCCAUUGCCAAUUUAGCCGAAGAAAUCCUUCCGAUAUAACUCUAAGCUUUGGAACAUUAUUUUCUGGAAACGUAAACGACGAAUUUGAACAAAUGAGAAGAGCAGUUAGAGUUACUGAGCAUGAAGGAUUUAAUAAUGGUCUUAAAUUUAAUAAUGAUAUCGCUAUAAUUGAACUAGAUUCACCUGUGCAAUAUAAUGAUUAUAUCUCUCCUAUAUGCCUACCCACCAAAGAAUAUAGUGUGGGAUCAUUAUGUUAUGUGACGGGAUAUGGAUCCACUAAAGGAACCGGAGUGGAAAAUGUUUUAAACGAAGUUGCUAUUCCAAUAAUAGCCAGCCAACAAUGUUCUGAUCCUAAUUGGCUGGGAGAUAAAGUUAAUGAAAAUAUGAUCUGUGCUGGAGGAGAUGAAAAGGAUUCUUGCCAAGGGGAUAGUGGUGGUCCUUUUCAGUGUCUAGAUGAAAGUGAAGGAAACAUCUGGACUUUAACCGGUGUAGUAUCGUGGGGAAUAGAUUGUGGAAAGGUUACCAAACCUGGCGUCUAUACAAAUGUCUUCAAUUAUAUAAAUUGGUUGGAGCAAAGAAUUCCCUUAUAA